UCUGUCUCCCUCUCCUGCUGGACUUCCACAUCAUGCUCUCGCUCCUCCUUCUCCUCCUGCUCCUGCCGCCCCAGGACUGCGCAGAGCCCCUAGGCCUAGCCCAACUGCCCAGACUAGCGCCUCUCCAGUCCCCAGACCUGCUGUACGCGGACGGGCUGCGAGCCUAUGCCGCAGGGGCCUGGGAGCGGGCCGUGGCACUCCUGCGGGAGGCGCUGAGAAGCAGGGCCGAAGUGGGCCGCGCGAGACGGGACUGCGGAGCAUGGUGCGCAGCGGAACCCGGGAACGAGCUGCCCCCAGUGCCCUCGAGCGACCCUGGGUCCGACUUCAGCCCAGGGCCCUGGGAGAGGCUGCUGCUCCGCGCCGCGCUGCGCCGUGCCGAAUGCGUGAGCCAGUGUGCGGUCCGGAGGCUGGGGCCGAGGGGCGCCGCGGGGCACCGAGCGGUGCGUGCCCUCCGGGAUGCCUUCCGCCGCCGGGAGCCCUACAAUUACUUGCAGAGAGCCUACUACCAGCUGAAGAAAUUGGACCUAGCGGUGGCAGCAGCCCACACCUUCUACGUGGCAAACCCAAAGCACAUCCAAAUCCGGGAGGACAUGGUGAAGUACCAUCGAAUGUCUGGGGUGCAGCGUCAGAGCUUCCGGGACCUUGAGAACCUCCCUCACUGGGCUGCAUAUGAUGAGGGGCUGGAGCUGCUAAAGAGGCAGGAAGUGGCAGAGGCGCUGCCUCUCCUGGAAGAGGCCCUUAGGGAGAGCCUGGCCCAGAUGGAGAGCUGUCGGGCAGAGUGUGAGGGCCCAGAGGAGCAGCUCACAGAGGAGGAGGAGGAGAAGGCGGAGGAAGAGGAGGUCCAGCCGGAGAGCCAGAGCGGCCUCUAUGAGGCCAUUGCAGGACAUUGGAUCAGAGUUCUACAGUGCCGGCAACGCUGUCCUGGGGCUGUAGCCACCCGGCCUGGCCAGGACUCCCCUGUCCCUGACUUUCUGCCCAGCCAGCUUUGGAGGCUACAGGAAGCCCAUGCCCAAAUGGGGAAUCUAUCCCAGGCUAUGGAAAAUGCCUUGAGCAUCCAACUCUUCUAUCCCGAGGAUGAGGCUGUGAAGGAAGUGCUGGACAAACACCAGAAGCUGCUGGGAGAACAGAGUGCUGACCUUAGUGCUAGAGAGGACAUCCGACAUUUUGUCCUUCAAUCCGUGGGGGAGAAGAAGCUCUUAUACUAUGCCAUGGAACAUCUGGGGACCAGUUUCAAAGAUCCUGAUCCCUGGACUCCAGAGGAUCUCAUCCCUGAGGGACUGAGAAAGAAGCUUAGAGAGGAUCAGGAGAAGAGGCCCUGGGACUCCAGACCUCCGGAGCCAGAGUCCUUGGCAAAAUGGAGGGAUAUCCAUUUUUUGGAGGGUGUCACCCUCACCCAGGAUGCGGCCCAGCUGAAUGGUUCUGAGCGGGCCGUGCUGGAUGGGCUGCUCUCCCCUGCCGAGUGUGAAAUCCUGCUGCAGUUGGCUAAGGAUGCAGCCAAGACAGGAGACGGCUACCGCAGCCGCCGCUCUCCCCACACUCCUCACGAGCACUUUGAGGGGCUCACGGUGCUCAGGGCUGCACAGCUGGCCCAUUCUGGAGCUGUGGGCAGACGGGGAGCCAAACUGCUGCUGGAGGCAAGCGAGCGGGCACGGACCCUGACCCAGGCGUACUUCUCCCCUGAAGGGCCCCUGCACCUCUCUUUCACCCACCUGGUGUGCCGAAGCGCCAUCGAUGGGGAGCAAGAGCAGCGAAUGGACCUGAGCCACCCCGUGCAUGCAGACAACUGUCUCCUGGACCCUUACAGUGGAGAGUGCUGGAAGGAGCCUCCAGCUUAUACCCACCGGGACUACAGUGGGCUCCUCUAUCUCAAUGAUGACUUCCAGGGUGGGGACCUGUUCUUCACUGAGCCAGAUGCCCUCACAGUGACGGCCCAAGUACGCCCUCAAUGUGGCCGCCUUGUGGCCUUCAGCUCUGGGGGAGAGAAUCCCCAUGGAGUGUGGGCUGUGACGAAGGGACGGCGAUGCACCUUAGCACUAUGGCACACUCGGGCCCCGGAGCACAUGGAGCAGGACCGGGCAGAGGCUGAGAUACUGCUACAGGAACAGGAAGAACCUGAGGAGGGGGAAAUACCAAGUGGGGACUCUUCGCCAGAGCCUCCCAGUGCCCUGGGAAGGAGGCCACAGCCAACUCGAUUGGAGGUUGAAAGGCAACGUCCUGCCCGGGAAGAGCUUUGAGAGGGUGAAGGAGAAAAGAUUCUUUAGAGACAUCCCAACUAAAUGGGGGCAGGGAUGGUGCAUCCGUUCCAUCCUAAGUCAACAUCAAGGGCAACCUAAGUCAUAAUCAACAGAACAGAAAAAGCUCCCCGUUCUCCUCUAGGGGAAAAGAGGGGAGCUUCUGUUAUGAAGGUGGGAUUGCAAGUAGGAAGAGGGGGAAAGAGGAAAGGUAAUAUCAUAAGCAGAAUGUCUUGGAAGCUGGAGGAAGGUGGCUUCUUGCCAGGAUGCUGGCUUUCCCAACCCCAUCCCAAGACCUUCUGGAGGACAGAAAGAAUGAUGGGACAUUUUGCCUUUACCAAGUGAUGGGAAAAGGGAUAGAGACUCAACCUGUGACUUCACUGGUAGAGGAAGAUCCCAACGAGUUUGCUCCCUCUUCUAAGUGAAGGCAGAAAGUACUUGAGGGUUUUGGGGGACAGGGAGGGGAGGGAAGAAAAGUGGGAGGUCAUCCCCCUCUCACAGUUAGUCUGUCACACAAAGAAAUAAAUGACAUUGAGAUCCCAA